AUGCAUAAAGACAUGUAAACCAGGGGAUACACUAUCACAAGGGCUGGCAGUAAAGACAAGUUUUCCAUGGGUGACAUUUAACGCCACACGCUGACUGAGGAGGCUCUGUGCGUAACGCAGGGGCAGCUCUGGAUCUACACUGGCCACUGCUGCGCAAAUCAGCACGAGUAUUUGGUUGUGGUUUGUUAUUUUGGAGACGCCAUAUGUACUCUCUACAGCGCGCAGCUUCCUUGAGUGUACACUUCUGCAAAAAUGUCUUUUUUAACCAUACCAACUCAAGAGGGGCUUUUUACCGCGGCUAAGACUGUCAAGUCAGGCGAGGACACAGAGGGUAGGUCUCCCAUGAAAGACGAGGAUAAUAAUGAUGAUGAUGAUGAUGAAGAUGAUGACACCGAGGACGUCCGCCUCAUUCCGAGAUGCUCCCCGGUACCCCGAAAGCGAGGCCCGUCCAUCUUCGACGAGACUGCUGAGUACAUGCGGAUCCACUUGGCGCUGUCUGCCGGAAAGAGAGUGUCAUUUGCCGAUACAACAGGUGGAGAUCUGGUGGAUGUGAAGGAAUUCAUUGCCUUUGAUUCGGACGAGGAAGAAGACAGUGCGAGGUGGCAAGAAGAGGAGGCAAAGUACCGAAAGCCUGAGCGAGAGCCGAUCUAUCAUGUGCACCCAGAGUAUAACGCACCUGACGGCGGUGCCCUGCUGCAGGCUGUACACGCUAAUAAAGUGGAGGUUGAGCAGAUGUCCCUAGUAGAGGAUGAGCCACUUGCCUUCGGUGGUUUAAUACGAGUCCUGAACAUCUCCUUCCACAAAGCAGUUUAUGUCAGAGCGACCAUGGACAACUGGGUUACUUACUUUGACCACCCGGCAGAGUAUGUCCAUGGAUCUCAUGAUGGGGACACUGAUCAGUUCUCCUUCAAGCUGUCUUUUGCGCCACCUUAUAUCACACAUGGCUCUCGCAUUGAGUUUGUGGUUCGCUAUGAAACGUCUGAUGGUGAUUUCUGGGCUAAUAACUCCUCUAUGAAUUAUGUGGUGACUCUGCUCCUGUCCUAUGAAGAUGAUUCCACUCAAAAAGACAAAGAUAUGCAACAAAUAAGAAGUAUCCUGAAACCUCCAAAAGCUUACAGUAUGAAUGACAAUUUAGAUUCGGAGGAGGAGCAGGAAAAGGAAGAAGCAGAAGAAGCAGGGGCCUCCAAGUCAGGACUUGUCAGACCUACAGCUAUCUGCCCUGCCAUUGUACAGCCGGAGAUUGACAUUGAGAUUGCAGUUCACCCAUAUGGUCCCUCUGUCCCACCCAACCAAGAUCUUCCAUCUGUUGAUGGCACACUGUCCACUCACGCUGUAUCCCCAGGUGAAAGAUUCCCCUCUAUGUCUUCCGAAACCACUCUUCAAACUAAUUCAUCGUUUGUUCUCUGUGCCAGCGAAUCAGUCCAGCCAAAUAAGUCACAGCCUUUACCCAGACUCCACUGUGAAUUAGGCAACCAAACGUCAGAGCAGCCCGUAGACAGUAGUCCCUCUGCACUGCUGUCUCCUCUACAACAAGAGUCAAGGCCGAGAUCAGAGAGCUCCCAGACUGGUGGAGAGGAAAUCCCUCCUUCAGAGGCCUCUUGCAUGCAUCUUCCUACCACAGAGACAAAUCUGGGGCCAACAGGAGAGGACAGGUCGAUUGAAAGCCCAGCAAGUCGCCCUUGUCUUGAACUUGCUGCUGCUGCUGCUUUCAUCUCUUCUCCCAGUGUGACUGAGGCCUUCAAGCCAGAGGUUGCAUUGGGUCAGAGUGAACUUGUUGCAGGGCUUUCAGAGGGUUCCACCGGGUCUGCAGUGCAUCGUGAAGGCGGUACAUCUGUGCUCCAAUCGCCUCUGGAAGAGAGUCAGGCAUCUCUGGAAGCAGGAAGUGAAGCUCCCUCAUCACCUGAACACACAGAGAACGUCUCAGUGAGUACAGAUGUCACUGAGGUGAACCAAAACUUAGCUCCUCGGUCUGUCUCGGCCCGGGAAGAGAAAGAAGAUGCUCCCCAGAUUUCCCCUGACACAUUAUUAGAGAAUCUAUCCAACACGGCUUCUGAGCCCCAGUCUGAGCGUGACGUAAACAGGAAUCUGAUGCCAUCCAUCAUCUUUCUGAGUGGAGUUGUCUCCCUCUCGAUAGUGAUGCAGGAACCCAGUGCCCUCUUCCUCAUUGGACUGCUUCUGGUCCUGCGCCGUUUGUGAUUAUGCCACAGAAGUUCAUUCUGAUCUGUUCGCAAGCUAAGUGCCUUUUCAUGAUUCCAAAAGAAGCCAUCAAGUCAAAAAUAUGUUGAAAUUGUGUGUCAGAUUGAUAUACAUUUUCAUCAGAAGAGAGACAUAUUGGGUACAGUUUUAAUUUCCAUGAGAAGUCUGUAUCAUGUAAAAAGUGAUUAUAAAUAUAUUGGUGAUAUUUUCAUGCAGUCUAUCAAAGAGUUAACAGUAGACAGUUAUUACCCCAUUUUUGCAACAUCAUCGUGAGGGCUCUAAUACCAAAUCACAGAAUAUUAUCACACAUUUAAAUGCACUGUAAUUAUUUUUUUCUUGUCAUGUGGAAAUGUUUGUAUGUGGUGUUAUAUUCUGAUUUAUUCAAUCAGUUCUAUAAUGCACUUUUUUUUUUUUGACUGUUGUUGUCAGUGUGUAUCUAAGGUUGUUGUCUAACCAGACUGCCAUGAAUUUAACUUUUGUGAAUUCCAUUUGUUAUUAUGUCUUUAACGAAGGACAACAAAAACAAAACAUUACCAUAGUGGGACACUGAACAUACUUAGAAAUGGAAUUUUGUUUACAAAAUGCAAAAGGAAAACAUGCAGUAUUUUCGCCUUAAUGCUUAAAAAAUGAAAACCUGAUAACCUUUGGCAAACAUCAGAUUGAAAUGGAUGCUGUUCCAGGGAUAAAACGAGUGUGACAUGUGAAAGUGACAUUAAUCAGUAGCAAACACCAGCCUCCUUUCUAAUGCAUAUUUCAUUUGAUAAUUUUUCCUGUUCUUGCUAGUAAACAAACGCUGUGGUCAUUGUUGUUGCAUAACAUAACAUUUUAAAGCACUACUUUGACAACCUCACAGCCAGACUGAAGCACCAAAUGACAUGUUUGAAGUGAUGAAAGUUUUUGCAGUGUAUUGCCAUUAAACAUGGUCUUAUACCCCGUA